UCCAAGGUUUCUAAUUGGCUAAUUCCCCUGCGCUGGGUACAGAAUGCCUGCCUCUGAUUGGCUGAUCGCCUCCCUUGCAUCCUUCCGGAAGGCUGUCCAGUGGCAGCGGCGAUGCGGGAGGCUUCACGGAGCGACGGUUCUUCUGUAUGCUGAGGGAGCCAUGUUGAUGCCUGGUUUUGUGUCAACCGCUGCACUUUGGAUGGUUAAAGGACUGCGUCUCGAGGCCUGGGAGCCUUAGCGGUGAUUCCAGCAUCGCUAUGAGAAGAGGAGAGCGGGUUGGGAUGGUACAGGGAGCGUCAGAGGAGAGCUGCUCUUAGGGUCACGCGAUUGAUUCGAAAGCAAAGUGAAGUUGAUGCUAGUUAGCCUGCUAGCUAGGUAGCAACAGCUGUGCGGAGUGGGAUGAGCCGUGUGGACUGAAACAAAACCCGUGUUUUCUGGUUGUUGCAUUUUGUUGGGCUGACGUUAGCUUAGAUUGCUUGAAGGCUCGUGUAACAACGGGGCUCGUGGAUUCAGCGUAAGCUUGUUGCCUUUUGUGAAAGCUAGCUAGUUGUUAGCUAACGUUAGCAUGCUGACAACCAGCUCGCAUCUUUAGUCACGACUAACGUUUGCUAGCUGAGUCGACCUUAACGUAUCGUUGCUUACAGACCAGUGGAGCACCGUGUCGUGUGUCAAAAGGUACCCCCGCCCUAAACCCCCGAGUGGAGAUAUGGCGAUACAUCCAGUCUCUGUGGAAAGCUACCGAUUCGCUCGCCCAGCUUGCACAGCAGCGGCUAACGGGCUAGCAGCGUAACUUUCCUCUCACGGAGUCGCUCUAGAAGCUGCAGAGUCCACUUCCUCGUUAGCCGACGACCUCGUACCUGAAGCAAGCUGGCGGCCCUCCGAGUAGAAGCCGAGGACAAGGAGCUGGGGCCGAUGGUCUGGGUGCUGAAGAUGGACGACGCCAGCAUAGAGUCGGGGCUGGUGCACGACUUUGAUGCCAGCCUGUCCGGCAUCGGACAGGAACUGGGGGCCGGAGCCUACAGCAUGAGCGAUGUGCUGGCUCUGCCCAUAUUCAAGCAGGAGGACUCCAGCCUUCCAUCUGAAAGCGAGACCAAAAACACCCCAUUCCAGUAUGUGCUGUGCACCGCCACCUCGCCUGCUGUCAAGCUGCACGACGAGACGCUCACAUACCUGAACCAAGGCCAGUCUUACGAGGUGCGUAUGUUGGACAACAGGAAGCCAGAAGAGCUACCGGAGCUCACCAACAAGAUGGUGAAGAGCAUCGUGCGUGUGGUGUUUCAUGACCGCCGGCUGCAGUACACAGAGCACCAGCAGCUGGAGGGCUGGAAGUGGAAUCGUCCUGGCGACCGUCUCCUUGACAUCGAUAUCCCCAUGUCAGUGGGCAUUGUGGAGCCGAAGACUCACCCCUCCCAGCUUAACGCUGCAGAGUUCCUGUGGGACAUGAACAAAAGAACUUCUGUUUUUGUGCAGGUGCACUGCAUCAGCACAGAGUUCACUCCCAGGAAGCACGGAGGAGAGAAGGGCGUCCCCUUCAGGAUCCAGUUUGACACGUUCUCCCAGGGAGACGUAGGAGAGUACACGGAGCACCUCCACUCUGCCUCCUGCCAAAUCAAAGUCUUUAAGCCAAAGGGGGCGGACCGUAAGCAAAAGACAGACCGGGAGAAGAUGGAGAAACGCACACCUCAAGAGAAGGAAAAGUACCAGCCUUCUUAUGAUACCACUAUCCUGUCAGAGACGAGGCUUGAACCCAUCAUAGAGGAUGCGGGUGACUACGAGCUGAAAAAGUCCAGCAAGCGGACACUUCCCGCUGACUGUGGCGACUCCUUGGCCAAGAGAGGCAGUUGCUCCCCGUGGCCAGACGCCUACGUCAGCCCCAACCAGGCAGCUACUCCCUCCUUCUCCUCCACCCCGCUGUCCACCUACACAACCUCCUCCUCAGUACCGGACAGUGACUCGUCCUCACCCAAUCACCAGGCAGACCCUGUUAGCCUUGGCACCCCGGAGGUCAGCCUCCAGUCUUCUCUCCUGUAUGAAUUGGUGGAAACGCUGAGCCCCACCGCCUCCAUACAGGACGCACAGAAGUGGCUGCUGAAAAAUCGCUUCAGCUCCUACGCACGACUCUUCUCUCACUUCUCAGGUUCUGAUUUGUUGAAGCUAACCCGGGACGACCUGGUCCAGAUUUGUGGGCCAGCAGAUGGGAUCAGACUCUUCAAUGCACUUAAAUCCAGGUCAGUGCGUCCCAGGUUGACGGUGUACGUCUGUCAGGAGUCCCCCCGAGAGAGCCCCCUGCUGGAGAGACACGCCAGCAAUGAAAAUGGAGAACACAGCAUUUCCCCUAGUUUACACGUGUAUCAUGCUCUGUACCUAGAGGACCUCACAGCUGCAGAACUGAUCCGCAAGAUGGCGUGUGUGUGCUGCCUUCCACUGGGAACCAUCAACCAGGUGUACAGACAGGGUCCUACAGGCAUACACAUCCUGCUCAGUGACCAGAUGGUUUACAACUUGCCUGACGAGAGCUGUUUUUUGAUCAGCACUGUCAAAGAUGAACUUGGUGAAGGACUCCAUCUAAUCCUGAAGUAGUGAGGAGGACAGAUGGCAUCACUAAUACUCCACCCUCUGUUUUGGAGCAGAAGCCUCCCUCUGUCCCUCUCUGCCUCCCUCUCUACUCCUUCCUCGCACUUCCUCCCGUUCUCUCUGAACGAUCGCUCGAUGGGAAGCAGUCAGACUGCGCUAAAGCCUAAAGCCAUGUAAAUGUUAGAAUCUGACAUGGGUGUGUCCACUGUUUCAUAUUGAAAACACUAUUAAUGGAGCUGUUCAGUUAAAAGAGGAGAGACGGGGGUGGGACGGGGAUAUGGUGUUCGGGGAAAGAUAAUGAUGUAUGUAUUUUGAUUUUAUUAUUUUAUUUUUUUGUCUUUUUAUAUGGUUUCCAUGGGGGGAGGGGGGGGCUCCAGGAGAGAGGGGCGAGUGACGUUCUGGCCGACAGGAGAAGGAAAGAAAGCAGAGUUUCCUUGUCGCUCGUUUCCCUUCUUACAUGACGCGCUCAACCAGCACGAGGCCAGUAUUUUGAUAACCUGUAUGCCGAACAGCAUGCGAUCUCAACAUACUAACCCGCUUCAAUGAGGGGGUUGGCUUAAUAAACCAUUUAUUGAUCAGCUCAGCUUGGUGACCCCCUGAAAUGUCCAGGCUAAAUUUGUGUGUUUUGACACCAACAGUAAUUAGUUUCUUCUUGUCAGACGGACUGAUUACAUUAAUUAUUGUCACAUAGUCGUGAAUUUAGACUUCCUGCCAUAUCUCUCUGUCUGUUGACAUGACACUCUGAGCUCAACUCUCUUCACGUUCGUCCUGUUCAGCCUGCGCUUUUACCGUUUUUUUUAGUUGAUGCUUUAUUUAAGGGUCAGCUGUUUCUAUUGACUUGUUUCUGGUGCCAUGACGGCUCUUUAGCGCGAUCUUUUACUCACUUUCACAAACACAGUGCACAUGCACCUCAUCUUUGACUCCUCUGCUCUCUGUGCUGACUUUGAAACACUGGUUUAGAGGAGUGCGCUUUACGCCUUCUGGGAUUUUGGCCAUAAAAAUGUAGAAAAAGAGGAAUAAACCUGUUUAGAAGACUGACAUGCAGAGCAUUAAAGCCUAUCCAAAAACCUUCUAUAAUGUGGACCAAACGGGUUUUAGAUUGAUAGGCUUUUAUUUAUUUUCUUUGGAGGAAAAGCCUCAUUGGCUCUGUACAUCUUGGUCAUUAGAAGCAUUCAUAGAAUUGAUCCGAUGGAGAAUGAAACCCUUGUGCGCUGCAUGUACAUAGUAAUGAACACUCCCUUCCAGGAUCAUGCCCUGCGAGAAACAACCCAUCACACAGCGGGCUGGUGGAAAAGUAUCACAGCGGUGGCCUGGUUUUAAUAGUCUUAUCCUGUAGACUAGAAAAUCACGGCAGCUCCUCAUCCAUCUUCAGAACCCUGUUUUUAAUGUAGCUGAACACAGGAAGUGCAGGUCAUGUUUUUUCGAGCUCCCUUUGAAAA